UUCUUCAGCUUUUUCGGUUUCAGUGUCGUCGUUGGCGUUCGUGUUGACUGGCCAGAGUCCGCGGAGCUGAGCAGCCCACCUAAAGCCCCCUGCCAACCUCCACCCGGGUCCUGCCCUGCCCUCGGGAUUCCUUCUCACGCCACUUCCUGGUUCGUGUCCAGUGCUGUCCUCCGAUACUGGCCAUGGCCUUCCACAGCUUCCUGCUGGAACCAAUUAGCUGCCACGCCUGGAACAAAGAUGGAACCCAGGUCGCCAUCUGCCCGAACAAUCACGAGGUCCACAUCUACAAGAAGGACGGGACCAAGUGGACCAGGAUCCACGAGCUCAAGGAGCACAACGGCCAGGUGACAGGUGUAGACUGGGCGCCCGACAGCAAUCGCAUUGUGACGUGUGGCGCCGACCGCAACGCCUACGUUUGGACUCUGAAGGAAGGCACUUGGAAGCCCACCUUGGUCAUCCUGCGCAUCAACCGGGCAGCGCGCUGCGUGAAGUGGUCGCCGCGGGAGAACAAGUUUGCCGUCGGAAGCGGCUCGCGACUCAUCUCCAUCUGCUACUUUGAGGAGGAGAAUGACUGGUGGGUGUGCAAGCACAUCAAGAAGCCCAUCCGCUCUACCAUCCUCAGUCUGGACUGGCACCCCAACAAUGUGCUGCUGGCCGCCGGCUCUUGUGACUUCAAAUGCAGGGUGUUCUCAGCCUACAUCAAGGAGGUUGAGGAGAAGCCGAGCCCCACGCCCUGGGGCAGCAAGAUGCCCUUUGGAGAGAUGCUGUUUGAGUCCGGGGGGUCCACAGCCGAGGGUCCGAGUGCAGUGCCGGGGAGCGUCUGCGGCGGCUGGGUGCACAGCGUUUGCUUCUCCAACUCAGGCAACUGCCUGGCGUGGACAUCGCAUGACUCCACCGUGUCGGUUGCAGAGGGCGGCAAGACCAACACCGUGAGGAGUCUGCGGUCUGACACACUUCCGCUCCUGUGCGUCACCUUCAUCACAGAGAGCAGCUUAGUUGCCGCUGGCCACGACUGUUGUCCCAUGCUCUUCGUGCUGGACACUGCCAACGGAGGCCUGGUGUUCGGCGGCAAACUGGACGUCCCCAAGCAGGCGGCCCAGAAGGGGAUCAGCGCCAGGGAGCGCUUCCAGAACCUGGACCGGCGUGCCUCGGAGACCCAGAGCACCGACAAGGACCUGAGCACGCUGCACAAAAACAGCAUCAGUCAUAUCUCAGUGCUGCAAGGAGGACGUAAGCAGUGCACCAAGUUCUGCACCACUGGUAUGGAUGGAGGCAUGUGCAUCUGGGAUGUCAAGACUCUGGAGUCGUCUAUGAAGAACCUGAAGAUCGUGUGAAGCGAUUUGUCAUUGAAAACAAGAAAGAGAAUAUGAAGAAGACAAGCGCUGCCUUAUUCCACAAAGCUUCUGUGCUAUAUUUUAAUAAGGUCUUAUUUUUAUAUGCUAAGGUCAAACAAUCAGCCGUGCGGUCGGUAUUAAUGCCACGCGCUAACGCGGGCGUCUGCUAACAGUACUGAUGAUGCAAUGAGCUCAGACCUGACUGAACGCUUAAAGCAGAAUUUUAUAUAUUACAAUAAUGAUAAUAAUAUCCAUCAUGAGAGGCCAUAGCCCCCCUCCUUAUAAGCUUAUGCUGGUCAUAAUAUGCAUUUAAUUAAAAACAAAACUGCUUUGUA